AUGGGAGUGACAAAAAUGAAAGAUGACUACAAACUGGCGGAAACCGCAGACCACGAGGAAAAGAGGAGCAAGAAGGGCAGAAAAAAUAGGGAUACGGAAGACCUGAAAAAAGAAGUUGACCUGGAUGAUCACAAAAUAAGCGUGGACGAGAUUCACAGAAAAUAUGGAACCGACCUAGUCAUGGUGGACAACUCCUCCCUGACUGGUGAAUCAGAGCCCCAGACUCGUUCUCCAGACUUCUCCAAUGAAAACCCACUGGAAACCAGGAACAUUGCUUUCUUCUCCACCAACUGUGUAGAAGGCACAGCCAGAGGAAUCGUCAUCAACACUGGAGAUAAUACUAUCAUGGGCCGCAUCGCCACCCUGGCUUCCAGUCUUGAAGCUGGAAAAACUCCCAUUGCCAUUGAGAUCGAGCAUUUUAUCCACAUCAUCACUGGAGUGGCCGUGUUCUUGGGUGUUUCUUUCUUCAUCCUCUCCGUCAUCCUUGGAUAUAACUGGCUGGAGGGUAUUAUCUUCCUCAUUGGUAUCAUCGUCGCCAACGUGCCAGAAGGUCUCUUGGCUACUGUCACUGUGUGUCUGACUCUGACUGCUAAGCGUAUGGCCAAGAAGAACUGCCUGGUGAAGAACCUAGAGGCUGUCGAGACUCUGGGCUCCACCUCCACCAUUUGCUCUGACAAGACCGGCACCCUGACCCAGAACAGAAUGACUGUGGCUCACAUGUGGUUUGACAACCAGAUCCAUGAGGCUGACACCACUGAGAACCAGAGCGGUACCUCUUUUGACAGGAGCUCUGCCACCUGGGCUGCUUUGUCCAGAACUGCCGGACUCUGCAACCGCGCCGUCUUCCUGGCUGAACAGAACAAAGUUCCUGUUUUGAAGAGACAUGUCGCUGGUGAUGCAUCAGAAGCUGCCUUGCUGAAGUGUAUCGAGCUGUGCUGUGGCUCUGUUAGUGACAUGAGAGAAAAAUACCCCAAAAUUGCUGAGAUCCCCUUUAAUUCCACAAACAAAUACCAGCUCUCCGUCCAUAAAAACUCCACCCCUGGCGAAACCAAGCAUUUGCUGGUGAUGAAAGGAGCUCCAGAGAGGAUUUUGGACCGCUGCUCCACCAUCGUGAUCCAGGGCAAAGAGCAGCCGCUGGACGCUCAGCUGAAAGAUUCUUUUAAUCGUGCCUAUCUUGAGUUGGGAGGGCUUGGAGAGAGAGUUUUGGGUUUCUGCCACUGUCACCUGCCUGAUGACCAGUUCCCAGAAGGCUUUGCUUUUGAUGCUGAUGAUGUGAACUUCCCCACUGAGAACCUGUGCUUUAUUGGCCUCAUGUCCAUGAUUGACCCUCCUCGUGCUGCUGUGCCCGAUGCUGUUGGUAAAUGCAGGAGUGCUGGAAUCAAGGUCAUCAUGGUCACAGGUGACCAUCCAAUUACAGCCAAGGCUAUUGCUAGAGGUGUGGGUAUCAUCUCAGAAGGCAAUGAGACUGUUGUAGUCAUUGCUGCCCGCUUAAAAAUUCCAGUUUCAGAGGUCAACCCUAGGGAAGCUAAGGCCUGCGUCGUCCAUGGUAGUGAGCUGAAAGAAAUGACCCCAGAGCAGCUUGACGAUGUGCUGAAGCACCACACUGAAAUUGUAUUUGCCAGGACCUCUCCUCAGCAGAAACUGAUCAUCGUGGAAGGAUGCCAGAGACAGGGAGCCAUUGUGGCCGUGACAGGUGAUGGUGUGAACGACUCUCCAGCUCUGAAGAAAGCUGACAUCGGUGUUGCCAUGGGCAUCGCUGGAUCUGAUGUCUCCAAGCAGGCUGCUGACAUGAUCCUGCUGGACGAUAACUUUGCCUCCAUUUUAACUGGAGUGGAAGAAGGCCGUCUGAUCUUUGAUAACUUGAAGAAGUCUAUCGCCUACACUCUGACCAGUAAAAUCCCCGAGAUGUCGCCAUUCCUCUUCUUCGUGCUUUUUGACAUCCCUCUUGCCCUGGGAACUGUCACCAUCCUCUGUAUUGACCUGGGAACUGACAUGAUCGUUGAGUUUACCUGCCACACAGCUUUCUUCACAAGUAUUGUGAUCGUCCAGGUGGCCGAUCUGCUCAUCUGUAAAACCAGGACCAACUCCAUUGUGAAACAAGGAAUGAAGAACUACGUUCUCAUCUUUGGCAUCUUUGAGGAGAUGGCUCUGGCUGCCUUCCUGUCAUACUGCCCAGGCAUGGACAUUGCCAUCAGAAUGUACCCUAUGAAGCCAAUGUGGUGGUUCUGUUCCGUUCCCUACUCCUUCCUCAUCUUCAUCUAUGAUGAAGUCAGAAAAUAUAUCCUCAGACGCACCCCAGGAGGUUGGGUGGAGUUAGAGACAUACUACUGAGCCAACAUGACAUGGGCUUGAAGGAUGUGCGUUUUUCAUUACCAUUUUAUGCAAUCUUACAUUAUUAAUAUAAAUAUAUAUUUAUCAGUGUGUGUCACAAUAAAGAAC